GUCCGCGGGCGGCCCAUGGCGGCGGCGCGGCGGCUGCUCGGCCUCCUGGCCCCGCUGGCCUGGGCCCGGCCCGCGGGCGGCGCCGCCCCGCCGGGAGGCGGCUGGCAGGCGGGCGCGGUGCCGGAGGAGCCGCGGUGCACGGUGGAGCGGGCGGACGCGUCCCUCACCUCCGGCCUCUUCCUGCAGCGGUUCGCCUUCUCGCGGCCCGUCAUCCUGCGCGGGGUCACGGACAACUCGGCGUUCCGGGCUCUGUGCACCCGCGAGAAGCUGCUGGCCGCCUUCGGGCAGCGCCUGGUGCGCCUCAGCACGGCCAACACCUACUCCUACCGCAAAGUGGACGUCCCCUUCCAGGAGUACGUGGAGCAGCUCCUGAAGCCGCAGGACCCGACCGCGCUGGGCAGCGACACCCUCUACUUCUUCGGGGACAACAACUUCACCGAGUGGGGCCCCCUCUUCCAGCAGUACGUGCCUCCGCCGUUCCGCAUCCCCGGCACCAGCGGCGCCUACAGCUUCGGGAUCGCAGGCUCGGGUUCGGGCGUCCCCUUCCACUGGCACGGCCCCGGUUACUCCGAGGUGAUCUUCGGCAGGAAGCGCUGGUUUCUCUACCCGCCGGAUAAAACUCCCCACUUCCACCCCAACGAGACGACGCUGGCCUGGCUCCGGCACACCUACCCCACGCUGCCGCCGGCCGAGCGGCCGCUGGAGUGCACAAUCCGCCCCGGGGAGGUCCUGUACUUCCCCGCCCGCUGGUGGCACGCCACGCUCAACCUGGACACCAGCGUCUUCAUCUCCACCUUCCUGGGGUAGCGCCGGGCACGCUGCCCCCGCCGGGCCUGGCGACACCCCCCCCCCCGGUGUCCGUGCCCCAUCCCGACACAGCGAGCGGCCCGGGGGGCACCGGACACCCCCCCCCCCCAAAACACUGGUGUCGGGACCAAGCACCCGCAGCUGCGGUUUUUAACUGGGCUGCCCCCACCUUGAGUUAAAAUUUACGCCCUGCCGCUGGGCUUGCACCAGCCCUGCCAGGCAGGGACGGGAGCUGGGGCAAACCCCGGCCCACGCGGGCAGGGUGGGGCUCGGGUGGGAGCUGCCCUGCGCUGGAACAGGACCAGCCCCUGCUGCCUGCACAGCACACGCAGGGGUAGGAGGAGAACCGGCAACCUCGGCUCCAGCAAUGCCACCGAACCUGCCACGAGGGGACAGGGACAAAAUGCACCCCCCCCCCCCCACACCCGCCAGCCACAGGGAGAGGCCAGGGAAGCAGCCCCGGCCUUCCCCAGCCCCUCGCAGAGAGCGUCAGGAACCACGCGAGCUCUUUUCACAUUUAUUGCUGCUGAAGGGUUUUGUUGGCGUUGGCGUUGUCUUGUUUUUGUUUUUAUUGACAUUGGCAAAUGCCCAGAGCGCCGGGAAGCCAGGCAGGCUGCGGGCCAACCACGCAGCCACGCUGCCGCCGACCAAAACGCUGUACUCAGUCAGAUGGGGGGGGGGUUGGUGGUUUUUUUGUUUUUUUUCCCAAAGGGAUUUCAUUAAAAGGAAGAUGAACUUGAA